AUCUCUUUGAAUAGCUGCGUAAAAACGAAACCAAAAGUAUAUCACCAGCCGGUAGGUUUCGUUUAAAAUAACAGACUCUCUGGCUGUGGCAUGCAGUCUUCAAAGGCUGCUUUUGGUGAGUUUUAAGAUUAUUAUGUACUGCAAGCUGACUUUAAAAUGAUUUGUACUGCCGUUUAAUGCAGUUCGUUGCUGCUGCUGAUGAGACGCACAGACUGCGCUAUUCGUGUCCUCAAAUGACCCGACUUUAUCCCGCUCCGCGACACGCCACACAAUACCAUUGUAAAAGAAAAAGCACCAUGCUAUGAUACUCGUAAUAUGCAAAGUAUAAUCAGCUGUUCUGUACUGUACAAGCGAGGUCAUUCGGAAAUUAGGCGGUGAUCACGUAUGGUCUUGUUAUAUUGAAAUGAAUUGGAAAAGUGUUUGAACGCAGAUAUUUUAGGACAGUGUCUGUAAUCUCACUGUGUGAUCAUGUCAAAAUUUCUAAACUCUAGGUUUCUACUUUUUAUGGAAAGAAAUGAAGCGAGCGUGAGCUGUAAAAGAUGUGGCUCAACCCUUUAAUGUAGUUGGCACAAAGUUUAUUAGCAACAUGAUUGGGACAGAAAGUCUGAAAACUUAAGAAACAGUUCAUCAGUGCUCGUCAUUGGUCUAAUGCCUUAUGACAUAUUUCAUAUUUCAUCUUUUAAGAUGACGUUUCUUGUCUGCGAUACACUGAAGGCUGCUUGAUAUCAUCUGUUAGCUUGUAAAAUCACCCAUUAGAUUAUUACGUUUACAUGGGAGCGCUGUUAUUCUAAGUGAUAGUAAUUGACCGGCUCCGUUUUUAGAAUUAUCAACUCUGUUGUAAGUAUAUAUUUUCAAAAUGUAUGUAGCCCCAUGAAUCAACAUGACCAUUAACUAGAAAUAGUCACAAGUUUGUAUCUGCUCAUUAGCUCUGUCUUUCAAAUCCUCACGAAACAAAAUACUGCUGUUGUCAUCACAAAUCACUCUGUUUUCCUCCCUGCAUGUCUGGACUUAAUGCAGACUACGUGAAUCAACUUCACAGUUAGCUAACCUCAGUAUCUCUUUGAAUCUGUGCCAAUACAGCUUUUAGUGUCCUCUUUUAAUUGGGUCAUAAAAAGUUAUUGUAUUGUAUGAUUUCACUUACAUGACUGUGACUUUACUAGUAUUUUCUUCAAAGACAUGCUGUUCCAAUCUACCAAAUCAUCUUUGGUAAUUGAGGAUCCUAAACUAGAAAAUAAAAGCACGCCAUCUAAUCAUUGUGAGUUUACCCUGGUACUCUGUGACAUUAUUUAUGUUUUUUUGUUAGUAUAUGUCAUAUUUUCCAUGUUUUUUCUCUUUGUUUCAUAUUAAAUUUUUAGUUUCACUUCCAGAAUGGACUCUGACAUCAAAAUCCAACUGAAGUGGGUGUUGGUUUACCUACUUUCUACUUUUAGGUUAAAUUCUUCUGCCUUACGCUGGCCUGACCUUGCCGCAAGAUGUAACACAUUUUUGCGAUGUGAUUUUUGCUAAGGUCCCAGCACCAAUUACUAUGACUUUUUACUUUUCAGGGCAGAAAUGAAACAUUGCUUUCUUAACCUGUCCCAAUUUUACCUGAUGUCACAGUACACCCAAAUUCCCCUACAGUGCAUAGGCGCGUCGUCCAACAUGAACUAGGGUUAGUUAAACAGAUAUCGUCAACAGCAGCAUUUCCCUUUCAUUAAAGAAACUGCACCACAAAACUCCUUUCAAACGUACAUUACUGGUAAUAUGUUUCAGGGAUGUUUUAAAUAUCUUAUUAACCCAACAUUUCUGUUGUGUAGCUUCAAUGGUAAAUCUUGUCUAUUCAUUAAGUUUGAUUUUGGAAAUUUAAAACUUAAUAUGAACCCAAGAACCACUAGUUAUCUUAAUUAUUUACAUGUACUUUUUCAGGUACAAACUUUAAACUGAUACCUUUUAUGAGUUUUGAUGUUUGUGGUCACAAACUUCACAGCGUUAAGUCUCUGAAUAUUCUCUGAUUAAGUUUUGAUUGAAAAUUCAAAAAGUAUUUGCAUAGGUUGAAAGAGCACUUAUGAUCAACUGGAAAUACUGUCCUCAAUAUCUUUUUAAAGUAGUUCAAUAGUUAAAAUAGUCUAAUAGCUUGUCGUUACUGUGAGGAGCUACAAAAGUAAACCAGAGAAACCACAGGAAACACUUCAUACAUGUGGGCAGCUGAAAUAGACGUAUCCAAAAAGUUUCCUGUGGAAGAUUCAAUAUGAGUGUUAAUAACUUGAUUUUCGUAUAUCAGCUGAUGGAGGCUGACCAUGGAUGAGGAGGUUGGCGCUGAAGAAGAUGAUGUGUACAGCAUCUUAGCUCAGGAAUCCUCAGAGCUCCUCCACAUCCUUGGAAACCAGUCACCUGCAGUUAUAAUGCGCCUGAGUCAAGUGAUGCCCAGUGACGUUGGAUGGAACAUCAGUCGUAUGGCUCCCUCUGCAUCAGUGCAGACUGAACACAUCAGAGCUAUGCUGACGUGCUUGAGGUCCGCCUCAGCUGCAGAUUGCAGCAACUUCUUUGAAAGCAUGUGUUUGCUGUGUGAAAACAUCCCCAUGCGCCUGGAGUCUAGGCUAAUGUCAGUAGCUGGAUAUGCUCAUGGUGAGUAGAAUAUGGCACUAUACAUGUAAUGCUUAUCCUUCACUGGUACACAAAUACAGUGUUUACUGCCAGUAACGCUAUAGAUUCCUAAGCCUUCUUGAUCCACAACACACUGCAGUGGUCAAGUGACCCACAAAUAGUACAACACGGUUGAGCCUGUGUAUAUGCAAGUUAUUCAAGUUACAUUUCUGUAUGAUAACACCAGAGUCUCAUAAAACAUCCCUAAAGCUUAGCAGAAAGGAGGUUAUAGUUGUAAGGCAAGUGGAGUAUACGAGCUGAGGGAUCCCUGUAUGAAAAAUACAUGUGCAUUUCUUAUUCAAAAGCAAAUUUGUAAUGAAAAUUAUCUGUUGCAUGUUUUACGUCUGUAGAUUUCAGCGUAUUUGAGUUAAAUGACAUUUUCGUUAACUCAGUGUUCAGCAAGGGUAACUGGUCUCUUAUCUGUUAAACAUCUUCCCAUGUGUGGCUUCAGGUUUAUUUCUUGUACUUGAUAUAAAAAACGAUAACGCUACUUCCUCAAAAAAAAAGACUAAUAGUUGUUCCAGCCCAGCUUACAGUUUAGAUGCCUGUUGAACCAGAAUAUGUGAAUAACACAGGUGGUAAAACUUUUGUUGAUGUCUGUGUGACUGUGAGGAAGUCAAUACAUGUACUGCUGUGCUUCAUGUGUUCAUUUACAUGUUGACUACACUGGAAGCAACUCAUGAACUGGUCUGAUAAUACAGAGUCUGACAUGAAGUCAAAGUUGUCUAUUGAUUUUUAACCUUUUUACUAUUAUCGUUGCAGCUUUUUCAACAAAGCCAGCAAACAUAGAGUUACUAAAAACAUGAAAAAGAAAAGUGAAAGUGAAGGGCUGCCAUGGGGCAGUCAGCUGUCUUACAGUGAUCAGCAAGUCAAGUUUUAUGUGAGCCUCUCACUGUGGGAAUCCCCAGAAUCUCCAGCUGAUUUCGAAAGGAAAAACAAGAAGUUAAAAAUAGUGUGCAGCAUUCUUGCAGUGCAUCUCGCAGCAUUGGUCUUCUUAAAAGUUAAAAGACGGGCCUGGCAUUAGCUUUUUUGGAUGUUCAGAAUUUUACAUAACUCUUUUUUUUUCUGUUUUCUUUUUUGGUGCUGUAGAUGUUUGUGAAAAUUCUGGGUCCAGUGAAACUGAUCAGAGGUCAUCCACACCCCCUUUGGAGCAGCAGCUUAUCAAACGUCCUCGAUUUGGUAAAUCAUACAUUAUAACCCCUUUGCCAGCCACAUUAUUUGGCACAGUACACUAGGAAAAAUGCCAUUUCCUGGUCAAAGUUCUGUGAUACAUGAUGAUUGUCAGUGCAGUGUUGCUGAGUCUCUUUUACUGUUAAUUUGUGUCACUGGCGUUUGAAGACCCUUGAAACUUCGUUAUCAAUUUGUAUUAUUUUCUUUAUCAAAGCCUGUCUUAUUCUUCAGUGCCAUCUAUUACUUUACAUAUUCUUCUUAUAUAGUUCAAAAGACUUAUUGCAUGUGAAACUUGAAAGGUUCUGAUCAUAUUGUGUGUGUCUACCUAGUGAGGUAACAUUUAGGGAGGGGAAGACAUCUUUUAAUCUAGCUUACAAAACAAGCUAUAUAAAGACGUAACCAUGAAACUUUAAAUGGGCGUCUUCAGACCCUAAAACCCAGUGGAUGUUUUCAUUCCUGACUCGUGUUAACGUGAGCGUAAAGAAAGCAUCUCAGCCAUGUUACUCUUUUAUGGCCAGGUAUCAAAUUACCAGAGAGAGACACUUUCUCAUGUUUACUGCUGAGUCAAAACAAGCUUGGUCAAAAAACAAGGACUAGGACCUUGUGCCCUGUCUACUUACACCAAUUACCUGAUAGUUACCUCCGCCAAGGAGGUUAUGUUUUCGGUAGUGUUUGUUUGUUUGUUUGUUUGUUUGUCUGUCUGUUAGCAACUUUACGGAGAAAGUUACUGACAGAUUGACCUGAAAUUUUGAACAGAGGUGUGUCUCAGCCCCAGGAGGAUCCCAUUAAAUUUUGGUGGUGAUCUGGAUUGCCCUCUGGAUCCAGGAAUUUUUUGAAGGAUUCUUUAUCAUUGUGAGAUAGGGCAAAUUUUGGAAUUUUUGCAUUUAACACUAUAGCUAGAAAAAGCACUCGGAGAGCACAGACCUCUGCCGAGCAGCUCAUGGCCCCGUUAUAUUUUGAUUCACACCAAAACUUUUACUGUUACGUGUCUUUUAUUAACUUUUAUUUGUGUUUAAACUGGUAUGUUCACUGUUCAUAAUGUUCCUAAAACAAGAAAUGCCCUGACCCGGAUUCAAACCCUGGACCUUCUUGCUGUGAGGCGACAGUGCUAACCACUACACCACUGUGCCGCCCAUCUACACCACUGUGCCUGAAUAUAGUUUGGUAAAUGUAAACUUGGUCUGAGCCUUUCAAAUACAACAUAGAAAUGGACCGCCCUCUACAAGGGAGAAUGGACAAAGUAGAAACAGACACCUUUUUAUGGAAAGUGACUGGAUGAAAUCUACUGGUUGGAAAACUAGGAAAGAGAGAAAAAAACACAGUGUGCUAAGUAAUUCGAAAUGACAGACAUAUUUGAGGAUUAACACUUGACAAAUGGAGGAUUACACUUGUCAUGCAUCACAAGUGCUUCUUGUCCUCUAAGGACACCAUUUGUUCACCAACUGGAGGGGUGCGCAAAGGAGGCUAAUGCUAAAUAUCUCCUUUUUACACAAUCAACCUUUGAAUCCAACUUCAAGUAGCUUGUUAAUGUUAUUUCUCGUGAGCAUUUGCUGAAUUAAAUUUUUUUUCUGGGCUUUGCUAAAGGUUGGUUGGGUGGGGUGGGGUCAUUCAGAUAAAGAGAUGGUGAUAUAUAGGGGGGGGGGGGGGGCACUUCACUGUUGACUUAAAUGUGAGAAUGGCUCCUGUGGGGGGAGCUGAGGUGUUUAGGGAAUGAAUUUGUUUAUAGCUUUUUCAUAGCUUUUGUUUUAAGCUUAGUUAAACAGCUUAUUACACUUUAUAUCUGUAACAUUUGAUCCAGCAUCUUUGAGGUUUCUUAUAAUCUUGGAUCCAUGCACAUAUAUUAACCAUGAAUACAUUUUAAUUUAAUAAUCUCUUUAAAAUGUAGCCAAAGAAAGGUUGUCCUCUCAUAAGUGGUUAACAGAAAGACAUUGAGAUGAAAUCAAGGCUGUGAUACAAAUGAUGUAGAUAAACAUGCUGAUGAAGUGGACGAUGAAACCAGUGUCACUCAGACUGCUUUGUGAACAUGCAAAUAAGCCUUGAGCAAAUGCAAACUAUCAGUUGUGUGUUUGUGUUCUAUGGGAUGAUGUGGGAAACAGACUGAACUAAAAAUUGAUGCAUCUCUGUGACGUCAAAAAGCAGUUGAGACCAUCAAUGGCAGGUCUGUUUGUUUCUAUAUAGUAAUAUUAAUCUGAGUUCCUCACAGGAGCUUUAACUGUGAAUAAAAGUUUGAUCUUGUAGAAGAGGGGAAUCUAUUAAAUUCUUCUCUUCAAUGCCAAAUGGUUCUAGGGUCUUUUCAGGACACUUAAACUCCCCAUCCAGGGCAGUUCUCACUUUUGUCAAAACAAUGAACCCGCUCCUUCUCAGCUGUUCUCACCUCACCUCACCCUCAAAGUGUGACGGGCCCCAACCUCAAACACUUUUUAAAGUCAAAACAAUUGAAGCUGAGAGAUCUUACGCCACAAAGAUAGCAGUGAUGAGUUUUUGAAUAGCCUCAAAUAAUGCCAUAAGAAAUUGAUCUAUUAACUGUAAAUCCAAGGUAAUGAAAGAGGAAACAUUUUUACAAUGUUUACAAAUUUAAAGGGAAUCAUCAAAGUUGAAUCACAGUUAUUUCUUUUCAUGUAGUUUUUCUCGAGUUGAACUUUUGACCCACAAAAGCUCAGUGUUGUAAAAUGUCACCAUUGACAUUAAAAGUCUUAACUUCGUGUGUCUGUCCACCCUUGUUGAAUAUGAAUUUUAUAGGUUAUAAAAUUAAUGUAGAAAAUAAAUAAUCAUUAUGUUUAUAUAUUUAUGACUCACUGCUCUUGAAAAACCAAGUCCAUUAAGAUUUGGAGAAUGUUGGAAAAAUUUGCAAAUAUUGCAAAUUCUUAGACAAUUGCUGGACCUUUAAAACAUAAUCACUUUUCAUGGAAAUAUGAGUACAACCAACAGAGCAGAAUGACAAUGUAGACGUGGAAUUUCACAAAAUUAAUCGUCGUUUUUAAGACAGGCAACAGGUGAAGUUGUAAAAGUGCAGCACUGGGCCCUACAGCAGUAACAAAGUACUCUAUCCACAGAUUACUGGGAGCACUACAUUUCUGCAGGAAAGGGUUUGCUGCUGAGGAGGUGGGAGCGACUCAAUGAGCUCUUGGUGGGGGAAGUUCAUCUGGAAAAUGUGUGGGUAAGCCCAAGAACAGCAAACAGAGGCAGAGACAGACCUGACCAAACCCCUGGACCAGCAGAUAGAGGAGGCAGAACGCCAGGUGAUUCUUAUUAUUGUACAGCAUGGAUUCACUCAAGUGUUUCAGAAUGAAUACGUAUGAUAAUUCAACCACACUUUGAUGUGAUUCCUGAAAACUGAUGUGAAAAAUGGAAAAUAAACACUUCUGUUGAGCUGGCUCAAGUAGGUAUACUUAACCUCCAGCUCAUAAUGGUUUUUUUCUGCAGCACACAAACUUAACAUUUUAUUCAUCAAACCCAGAGCCUGAUGGGGACUACGGAUCUAUGGAGAGCAGAGUGACCUUGGAGAACUUCCUCCAGGGAUGUGCAGGAAAGGUGAUAGUUCUCCUUGGCCGGGCUGGAUCAGGAAAAACUCUGCUGAUGUCAUGCCUGGGACAACAGUGGGCACAUGGGCUAGUAAGUUUGCAUCUCAAAUGAACGAGUAUUAGCACAAAUUGCUUCUAAGGAAUUUCACACUUGCGUUUUGUCUCGAUUGUUCUUAGUAAGUAAAAUGAAAACAAGUUCAUUUACAGAACAGAUUGAUGAAAAUGUUUCUGCUGCAGAACUGUUAAUUUGUUAGUAGUUGAUAUACAGUAUUUACAUCAUGUUUUUACAGGAGUUUUAUUAAACGGUGAGUUUAAAAAAAUAAGUAACAACUUAUUUGAUGCUAAAGGAAGACAUUAAGUGGCAGAAUAACCCAAAACUCCAGGCCUAAAUCUGACAAUAAUAUAACAGGACAAAAAGUUAAAGCAAGUGGAAGUUGAAGUGUAAAACUGGUGGAUUUCAUGUUCCAUGCCUUUGGUUGUUUGUGAUUCUUUCCCUCAUUUGUCUUCUUUCCUCCUUAUGUUUCCCUGAUUGUUGUUCUUCUCUUGUCAUCUAGGGCCCUAUCCCAUCAUCCUUCCUGUUUGUUCUGCUGGAGUUCCGUCAGCUCGGCCUACUGUCCCGCCCCCUCUCCCUGUCUGAGCUGCUAUUCAGGCACUACCUCCCUUCAACAGGGGGCGACGAUGAAAAGGUAGGCAGGAGCAACAUUUUUACAUUUCCUGUGUACAGCAAGGUUUCGUCAAGUAAACUUAACAGCACAACUCAUUCAUAUAGACUCAACUGCUCUUCGUUAACAGGUCAUAAAAUUGUGUUGUGAAGCAGAUUGGAUGUUUUUGGUGGGAACUUUUCAAGAAAGACUGAGAGCAUAUAAAUUAGACAAGUAUAAGACAAACAUACAAAGUAACUGGGUCUACAAACAAUAGAACAAACUAUUUUAGAGUGUGUUUGCACUCAAAACAAUCCACCAAAUAUAACAUUGUAUUACUAUUGGUUAUGCUGCUAUCAGUGAUAUUGGUUUAUGUUGCUGGUGCAGUCAGUCUGUGAGAAAUGUUAUUUGCUAAAGGGUUGUCAAGUAGUUUCUGUUAGGUUGCUAGAUGGAAAUUUAAAAUCACUGUUGUACAUUGUCACAUCCACUUGGGUUGGCUUUUGCAUUUUGUUUGUUCACCAUACUUAAUGUUCCAUAUACUCUUGGUUUUUGGCAGCAAGCAGUUGUGGACUACCUCUUUUCCAAUCCCGAGCAAAGCUGUUGGGUGCUGGAUGGCUACGAUGAGUUUCACAGUAAACUUACUAAACACGAAGCGCAUAAAGAGCUGUGGGAUCCAAACACCCCUCUGCCUGUGGUAGACCUUAUUUCAGGACUGCUGAAUCGUCAGCUUCUCCCAGGAUGCACUGUUGUGGUCACCUGCCGUGUACGUGAUGUCAUGGAUUUGGAAUGUUCAUCAGAUAAAGUGGGGCUGCUGCCGGGCUGGGAGAAUGACAAGAUCAAGGAGUACGUGCUCAACUUCUUUGAAUUAAAAGGUAAAAAAGCAAAUGUUUAUGUUUUCAUGAUGAUGACUAACUUUCUUAACAAUACAUGCAGCACAGUUAUUUUGUUCAAGUCAGUGGCUAGUUUAGGAUUCUAUUGAUGUGUAUUGAUACUUUAUAUAAGACGUGCUGGUGCUUGCUUUAUGUGUAUCAAGUAAACGUGGAGAAGAAAUGAAGCUUAUUUUUUUCAUGGUUUCUGGUGCUUGUUGUGUUUUGCUCGUCAUCCACUUUUCUUUUGCUGGUGUCCUGAAGGAACUUCAAUCUGUUCAAGUGCAUCAUGGGAAAUGUGGGAUUCUAUUUUUGAGCCAGAAUAUGACAUUAUAUUUAACUCUGUUGACUUGUUGUUAUUCUGUCAUAAAGUUAGACACCCCCUUGAAAGAUGAGUGUUGCAGACUACUUGCUUCUUUAGUUAUACCAACAUAAGUAACGACCGCAUGAUAGCAAUACACAGCGAUCUAUGGAUCCACAUGCAAACCUCAACCAAAACACCACUCUAUAGCCACAAAUAAUGUUCAGAACAGCAACUAAAUUCAUCAACAGUACAUAUAGGGUCCCAGCCAUAGCACUAGACACCAAACAUCUUUUUAGCUUUGCCUGAUUUCUUUAGCAAAGAGACUAAACACAACUCACCCACUCUCCUCCAGCAGCCGCUUGUUUGUGGGGGGAGCCCUGACAAAUCAAUCACUGAGUGCAACAGAGUUUCACAGCUUAAGGAAGAACAUUUAUGCGUCUGCAGUGCACAAUGAUUAUUUUGAUGAUUACUACUUCAUGGAAAUGAUCCACUGCUCUCGGUGAUCGACUCAUCAGGGCUCCCUCACUAACAAGCAGCUGCUGAAGGAGAACAGGUGAGUUGUGUUUAGUGUCUUUGCUAAAGAAACCAGUUAAAGCUAAAAAUAUGCUUGAUGGCUUGGACCCUAUAUGUCCUGUUGAUGAAGUUAGCUGCUGUUCUGAGCAUUAUUUGUGGCUAUAGAGUGGCUUUUUGGUUGAGGUUUGCUUGUGGAGACAUAGACUGCUGUGUAUUGCUAUGAUGCGGUUGUUACUAAAGUUGGUAUAACUAGAAUAGCAAACAUCCGGCAACAUUCAUCUCUCGGUGUGACAGUGUGUUUGACCCUAACUUAAAUUUACGUCGGAAUUUCCCUUUAAGUUGAUUUGACAAAAGGGUACAUUAGUGUAUAUCUCAAUGACUCCAGUCUCACCCUUUGAAACAAAUAUCUGCUGUGAAUCCUGGCAUAAUAGCAGUAAAAUUAUUUUGGUAUUGAAUGUGUAAGCCAGUAUGAAACUGUUGAUUUGGGCUUGAAUUGAUUGUCAAGAAUGAAACCCACAUUUGCAUUAUGUCAUCAGCUUUGCAGGUCUUCACACACAUGUUUGGAGUCAUUUUUGUUGACCUGCUCAGCUUGAAACAAGGCAGGGCUACGCUGGGUAUUAGACACAAGGUGCACUAAAACUAACAAGGAUAGAAAUGACAAUCCCAUUCAGGCUGACCACUCAGUUAAAGAAUAGGUCUGAUCAACCGAAAUGAGUAAGAAUAUGUCUGUUUUGACUGUUUUAAAUGUCUGCUUUAAUCCACAAAGGUCACUCAGCAGAUAGAGGUCUUAAUAAGCAGGCUGCAAAUCUGCUUCUUUCCAAUCAACAUCUCCUUGCCAUGUCAUCUGUCCCGGCUCUUUGCUACAUCUGCUGCAUCUGUCUCGAGUACUUGUUGCUGAAGGAUCGAGAGGAUAGAGACCCAGGAGGAAGGCAGACAAAGGCAGAAGGAGGAAGUGAGACAAGGAGAAAAUUAUCAAGAGACAAAGACGCUGAAGGAGUAUGGGUACAAGGAAGAGGAAGAGGAUCAGAGGACAGCCGAGGAGGGAGCCAUGCAGCAACGCGGGCUCAUGAAGGAAGAGGGGGGAAUGUUGACACAGUGAUGGAUGGGACAAAUGGCAGAGCUCAGCUGCUGCUCACACCAGAUCAGAUACCCUCCACCCUUACCCAGGUCUAUCUCACUGUUCUUAAAGCAUUUCUGAGCUGUGACCCCGAUAAGGAACGAAGAAAUGACAAGAGGUAAAGACUGAGUUGAUUACUGCUCAUAAAAAUGCCCCAUAUUAAGAAUCUGAGUGUGCCAGAUUUUCCUUUUUGCUUUUUAGAAUAGGGCUGCUUGGCUGUCACAAAACCAUACCUUCAUAUCAAUUAGAGCCUGUCAUUUAGUGCAAGUCCUGUCACACAUGCUCUACUCAUACAAUCAGGAGGGGUUACUCAGAAUAAAAGCCCCUCGACGUCCACAGGAUUUUGGCAAAAUUGUUUUAGACAAGAAUAAAAACAUAAUUUACUGUUUGAGAAACACUGGAAAAUUCAGGUGACAGCCACAUGAGACCUGCACAGUAAGCCUUAAAAAGUUUUCCCACAAAAAGUUAUGGAUGCACAAAUCUGUGAAUUAGCCUGGGUUCAAAUCAUGAGGGAGUGGUUUCUAUCAGAGUGUCAAUUUGAGCUUUUUUUUCUUUGCAGACUAACAUUGUGACUUUUGCCCUAUAGCUGCAUUUAUAACUGAGACAGACAUCUUUGCUAGUUAAUGGUGUAAUCAUAAACUGCCCUGUGGUGGUCCUCUCCUAUUUUACAAAUCAGUGAUGCGUCUUCAGUCAGAAGAUUAUUCCUCGUAUCAUGCAGCUGUCAGUCAGUCAGUCUGACACACUUAGAGAGAGAUCAGCUCUGCGAGAUUGUGAAAAUCACGCACACGCACUUUUUUAACAGGUCCCUCUAUUUUGAAAGGCUAGAACUGGCACUUUCAAGGGGCUUUACUCUAAACUAUAAUUAUGUAUAGAAUAAUUAAGUCUCGUUUCACAGAAGUGUGUUGCAUAUACCUUAAAUAGCUCGGUUUUUCAGAGUAUUUUUUUAAUGUUCUGUUCUUCUGACUAAAUUUUUCAGUUUUUCAGACUAAUUGUUUUUCCUUUUCUAUGGGAUCAUAAUCAUUUAAAAACAGGCACUUUCAUCGCCCUCUGCUCGUUUUUUUGGAAGCAAACAUGGCCCACUUUAGUUUAAUGAAGUUUUACUUUCUUUUGGGUUUGAGACACUGAGAGAUACUCCUUUCUUUAAGUCAGAUAGAUGAAUUCGUCAUGAGUUUGUCUACUUUGCACAGGCACCUCAGGAUUUGGAUACCCAGUGUUUUACUAAUAACUUGCUUUACUCCUGUUGAUCCCGUAGUCAAAGUUAUCUUGGAGAUGGAGAAUCCACUGAUUUGGAGCAGCUGUGGUGGUUAAGUUUUUUUGAUUGUAUGAGAUUCUCACAGGGUUUUGAAGUAUCUCAUGUAGUCAGGAAAAAAAAUAAUCAGAAAAAUGGAAAGACAAAAAAAAAAGUAUGAAUACAGGAUAAAAAUUUGUCCACAAAACGGAACUAGGGGAAAAAAAUAUUAGGACAAAAAAAUAGAGGAAAAAAAUUAGUCUGAAAAACAGCAACAACAAAAAAUACUCAAAAAAGCAGUUUUCUCUUUUCUUUCUUUUUUUUUUUUGUUAGUGAAUGCAAUACGCUCACGUAUGUUUUAAUAUAAUAAAAUAGCUCCAAUUUGUGUCAGAGGCCACUAAAUUUGGGCUUUUGUAGGGUUUUCUAUGUUAAAGAUUUCUAAAUAUAGGUAGAUGUAGAUUUAAAGGAUUGUUCAGGUUUCAUAUUUACAGUCUUUGAUUAUUUAGUCAGUAAAUCCAGUAAAUGUUAUAAGUGUAAGAACCAUCCUAAGGAAGUUUAUCAUUUUUUUUGUAUGCGUUCUUGUCUAGGUUGACUUGCAUACUGAGUCAGUAUCAGUCUGAGCUGUGUGAGCUGAGUCAGCUAGCCUGGAAAGGCUUAGAAGACAACAAGAUUCUGUUCUUGGAAGAGGACAUUUCCCCGCAUCUUUUGGAGUUUUCCAUCAGGACUGGGCUCUUCUCACAGGUCAGUUCUGGUCCUACAGCAUGUGUGAGUGCUCGCUAUGUAUCUAUUGGUCUACAGCAUAGACUGUAUAAAGAAUGGACGCCGUCUGCCUUCUUGCUGAGUGAAGCCACCACGAGGACAGCACCCUCUGGUGACGGGCUGCAGUAUAGGUCAUAAAUCCCGCCUCCUCCAGCAAUCCCUAUGGAACUGGUGACAAACUAGAAAUUAAUUACACAGAAUAUAAAUUUUUCUCCCUCUUGGUUGUGACGUUGACAUGUAGUUACUGUAAGACUGUAACCCCCCUUUAUCUGUAAAGCUCAAUUUCUAAGUUAUUAGGGGUUUCAUAUUUUCUGUGAUUGACACUUGAUACAGCCAAUUAUCACAAUGGUGACUCGCAGUGACUCUCCCGCCGAAUGCGUACAAUGCUACUGCGCAAGUGGUGGUUCCAGGAAGUGGAGAAAAUCCUGGAAUUACCAAGGCGGAGCCAAGUUGUCCAGAGUAUAUACAGUCUAUGAUCUGCAGGCUUCCUCAGCACUUCAGGGAUGGUAUUAGUUUUGCAGGUCAUUGGGUGUCAGGUGGAAGGGUGUGCAUCUCAGUUUUUACCUCUUUUUGAGAAAUAAAGUGACAGGGGCAGAAGUGAGCAUGGUUUCUUUGAGCCAUAUGUAGCUGCGCUCAAUGUUUAUGACAAAAUAAACAAACCUCUUGAGAACAUUGAAUCUAUUUUGACAAAGUGAGUAUUAAUAAUGCAGAGUGAACCACUGUCUCUGAGUGUAACCUACAUUUUAAAAUGGUGUAUUUAUCUAUGUCUUCUUGUCUGGUAUUUGUCCACAUCUUUGUGUCAGGUGGAGAUCAGAUGUGAGGAUGGGAUGGCCGUCAAUGCCUACUUCUUCAUUCAUCUGACAGUGCAGGAGUUCUUGGGGGCGCUCAGAAUCAUGACUAGCCAGGAUGUGAGUGACACACAGCUUAAGAAGAGGUAAGAUCUGAUUCAGAUGAGAAGGAGCUGUAGCUUGAAAAGGGAUGUGGUGAUGUUGAUAAGAUCAAUCUCUUUGGUGACCUGAAUAUGAACUUUAUAGAUUUUACAGAUUUCUACAGUCUUUAACUGGGUCCAGUGAACAUUUCUCUUGGUGAAACGUGCCAAAACUUGAGCUGACCUUAAAUAACAUGACAACCUUAAUGCUGUGCAUGUCCUUUGACACCCCUUUAAAAGAACCAAUAAUUAUCAGCUUAGCCACCCACUAGAAAUAGAUGUACUGUAUACUAAGAGUACAGGAUGUCCUGGAUGACCCAAUUUCUUGAAUACCCACCCAGAGCUUUGCUCUACCUUGUAAGCAUGAAACUCCAUCUGUUUACAUCUGUCAUACCAUUCUCACCUUUAUGCUGCAUAAUCCUUCAGGGAACAAACUAUCAAAGAGGUAGGAACUGCUGUGUGGGCACUGCUACCUAAAUACAGCCUUGUUACCUCAGCUGAACUUUGGAAAAAUCCCAUCAGAUCCUCCCUAUAAGUUCAAGUAUCAAAACCACAGUAUUAACAGGUAUGUGUCCUGCUUAGUCAGCAGUGUAGUAAAAGUAAACGGAUUUAAGAAUCAAAAAUGAAAGUAGACUUAAUGCGUGACUUUGACUGUUACACCAUUGUUAGAUUUCAAGCACUGGUGCAAUAAUAUCUGACAAGUUUUAUUCAUUUAUUGGAUGGCCUUAAAGAGAUGAUUUUAUAUCUGAGUCCAGUUUUUCAUUCUUGAGUCACUGGUUUCAUAAAAAACAUUGACUCUUCAAUAAUUUUCAUUAAAUUUCUGUUGAUCAAUCAACCAAUCAGUCAACGAAUUAACCCCAAAUGUUUUAUCCUCAGUAGUUUAAUUGUUCACAAAGCCUCAUUUUUGCUAACCGUUGGUAUGCAGGUGCAGGACUCUUAACUUGGACAUGUUCCCCUCUACACCAGGAAUAAUCUUGUCAUGAAAGCAAGAUGACCCAUUUAAAGUGAGCCCCCUGUGUGACAUUCCUGACUCGUGUCCUUUAUAGGAGAGUAAGAAAAAGCAGAGGAAGGCCCAAAGCAGAAGGUCCAAUUGCAGGAGCGGAGCCUCGAGAGGCCAGACAGGGGUUUCAGGGCACUGACAGUGACACACGACACAGCAGAUGUGAAAAGCAGGAGGGACCACUGUCAUUCAGUUAAAGCCUUAGUACAGCCAUGUCACAAAUGACAUAUAUAUGUAUAUGUUUGUUUUUUGUUUUUUCAACUUAGCCUCCAUCAGUAUAUCUAAUAAAUAAAACUUAAUAUGUAAAGGACCAUGCUUUUAAUGUUUGUAUCACCAAAUAAAACUCUAUAAAUCCUUCUUUAAGCUCUACAUGUUGGACAGCUGACUUAUGAAACUGUGCCUUGGUGCUAAGACACGUCCGGUUCACUGAUGUCUGUGCAGUUUGAUUGAUGCCAGUAACUUGUAGGCCAGACGAGUCUACAAGUGUAAAGAUCACCUCAGGCACUUUUAUCCUGCUCUCAGUACUUAGACUGCUAUGAGGUCUCUUCAUUUUUACCUCCGCCAAGGAGGUUAUGUUUUUGAUAGCAUUGGUUUGUUUGUCUGUGAACAACUUUACGGAGAAAGUUACAGACGGAUUGACCUGAAAUUUUCACCAGAGGUGCGUCUCAGCCCCAGGAGGAUCCCAUUACAUUUUGGUGGUGAUCUGGAUCGCCUUCUGGAUCCAGGAAUUUUUUGAAGGAUUCUUUAUCAUUGUGAGAUAGGGCAAAUUUUGGAAUUUUUGCAUUUAACUCUAUAAAAAUGUCCAGAGUCUUAAGUAAAAAAUGACACAAAAGGAUCUCAAUGAGUUUUAUGAGGUGUCAAAAGUUGAUCCUGAUCCAGACAAAAUUCUGGAUACUGUGAUCCAGAACACACAAAAAUAAGGGUGUCGUUGGAAUUUUCAAUGCUGAAAGAUAACCAAUGGGCGGCACAGUGGUGUAGUGGUUAGCACUGUCGCCUCACAGCAAGAAGGUCCUGGGUUUGAAUCUGGGUCAGGGCAUUUCUUGUUUUAGGAACAUUAUGAACAGUGAACAUACCAGUUUAAACACAAAUAAAAGUUCAUAAAAGACACGUAACAGUGAAAGUUUUGCUGUGAAUCACAAUAUAAGGGGGGACAUGAGCUGCUUGGCAGAGGUCUGCGCUCUCUGAGGGCUUUUCUAGUUCGAUAUUUGAGCUGUGGAUUGUUCCUCUCUCCUGGCUACAUGGGCCAGAACCUGUCCUCUACACUGUUGAAUUAAAAUCCAAAUCAGAUAUUGAUUUGGCUCUGUCUUCUGUUCUUCUGUCUUUCCUCUAUAGAUUCAGCCUCAAAACUCGCUGGACAACAAAAUCAGACCAGAGGACAGUCUUCACUGACUCCCUGCAUCAGUUUGUAUGUGGCCUGGCUUCUCCACGGUGCACUAAGGCCAUACUUCAAAUAGCCAAGACCUUUGGUCAAGCUGGGGUCCAAGACUGGGUCAAAAAGCGUCAAGCUCUUGUUCUGAAACUGCUAACAAAACUGUGUCAAAGCAACACCCUGACAGGGCCAAAGGUAGAAUAAAAAGAAGUAAAUCCUGGUGUGCCUUUACCAUCUACCCCUGAAUUAUUUCUCACCAAUCAAUCCAUCUUGCAUCUGUCCAGGUUUUGGAACUUUGCCUCUGUGUCCAAGAGACCCAGGACCUCCAACUGGCAAAGCUAGUUGUUGCUAUGAGACCCACCUUGGAGCUCCGCAACAUCCGACUGUUACCCAAUGACAUUGAUGCCCUGGCUUUUGUGAUAAACUCAGUGGGUGAUAAUGGAACUGGACUAGACUUUGGAGCAUGUUCAAUGGAGCCGGAGGUUGUGGAGGCCCUGCCCAAGUGUCAGUACAUUCACUCCCUCUGGUAGGUACACACAGACAAAACAGAACACUCACAUGCUCACAUGCUCACAUGCCAUAUAGAGUAGUUAUGUAGUUAGUAGAGUAGUUAGUAGUUAUUCAUAAAGUGUAUUUAUUAAUUUUUAUAAAGGAGAAAAAAGGAAAAAAAAAACACUACAACAAACCAUACAGGUGCUAAACAAAACCAUCACAGUAAAGCUCAUCUUUAGUAAGGUAAACAGAUAAACAUAUAAAUAUAACAAGGCAAUAACAUGCAGUAUUUCCAUAGUCCAAAACAUAAACCCUCCUAAAGAACUUCCAGUAGUCCAGAAGUCAACUUAAGUAAAAAUGGAAGGGAAAGUACUUCACUUAGAAUAAAGCAGAAGAAAAAGAAAAACAAACAAACAGGUGGUUUACAUACAAGAACAUCAUGAAAUAACCCCACAUACUGUCAAAAAUGAAAUAUUUUUUUGAAAUAUAGUUCUGCAAGCCAGACUCUUAUACUUGGUUCAGUCAUGGAUUUCCAAGAUUUGGCUAUGGUGCAUAUUUAGCUUGUAACAUGCAAAGAGUAAUCAUGUAUUUGUCGUCCGGAGAUUGUGGCUUAUUGCAAUUCUUAGUUGACCCAGCAGCCACAGAGGUGAGGGUGAGGCACACCUUUAGCCUUCUCAGUAAUGGCGACAGUGUACUCACCUCCCAGCUGUGUCAGCCACACCUUUCAUCAUGGAAACCUUAAUAUCCUCAAAAUGAAUGUCUAUAUUUUGAAUCUUGUCCAUUUGAUGAACUUGCUGUAAGUGUAAUUCUUGUGCUAUUGUUCAUACUACACUCCCUUUAUAGGAAAUUUCCCUUGAAUGUAGACCGCCUGUCAUAAAAAGGGUGAUGGUAAAAAAAAAUGGCAUGAUCAAAAAAAUUUGAAGUGCAUGUAACAUCUCAGGCUGAGUUGUACUUCAAUUUUCUGUAUGGUUUGGUGCAAAGAAUGGAAAGCUGAAAAAAGAUUUUGUUGCAAAUCGACCUUGUAAGGUUUUUGCUGUUAUUGAGCUCUGAAGGAUUCAUAAGGCUGCGAUUAAACUGUGAGUACAUGCAGCAGAAAAGAAUGCUUUUUUGAGCUUGGCACCUGUUGGCUGUUUGUUCACCUGCCACACAUACUUCAAACAGAUGGAAAUUCUUGUUUCUUGUCGGCUCCUUGCAGUCUGGUGAGUCUCUCUGUCACAACAACAACAAACAGAGAGCAAUAUACGAAAAACAGCAAGACACCUUGUAAUUAAGAGAUGUAUACUCAUUUUCUUAUGACUGAAAGCAUGUUUUUUUUUUCCAAACUAUUUCUGUGCCUUUAGUUUUCGCAGCCGAAAGUAUGGGGAUCAGUUUGCUGAGAAGUUAUCCACGACUCUUUCAAAAUUCACAUCCCUGAGAAAACUUGAGUAAGAUCUGAUCAUGAUUUUUUUCUCCCAAACUGUUUUGAAUCCAAAGACCUCCCAAAAUAUGGAAAAACUGUCUUUGUCUUUGUCAUUCAAGGUUUUGUGGUGCCAGUUUGACAGCCACAGGAGCUGCUCUUUUGGUCUCUGCUUUACAGGACUGUCCAAACAUCACUGAAGUCAAGUAGGUUUGAUACAGAAUCACUGCAUCUGUUUUUUUAUUUUGGCCAUAAGUUCUUUGGAAAUGUAUAUAAGAUUUUUGUUUUUGUGUUGCAGUCUCAGUGACAACAAUCUGAGAGAUGAAGGGAUUGAACACAUUUCUGAUGUUUUUGCCAAACUACCAAAAUUAGUUUCUAUAAUGUAAGUUCACAUGUCAAAAAGAUAGCUAUUUUUUCAAGGAACCAACAGAUUUACAGUCCAGGCAUACCCUAAGUGUCCUGUGUGUUUGUGCACCUCACAGGUUGGGUCGCAACAACUGCUCCCUGAAAGUGUUGGAGCAUCUCAUCAGGAAAAUGUCGUCAUGUGGGAACAUCCAGCACAUUCAUGCAAAGUAUGCAGUGCACACACACAAACACACUCAGACUGAGUUUAUAAAAGUUUUUUAAAUAUUAACAUGAAAUUUAUUUUGUCUUUUUUUAAAGUGGAAUGAAGGAAGUGACAGUUAAUUUCUUCCAAAACUCCAGUUUUAGCAGGUGAGAAAAUGAUUCAAUCGACUGUCUCAAUACCCAAAAUUCAUUUAAACUCAUUUUGCAUCGAAGUAUAAUUAUCAUAUGAGGGCUGUAAAGAUUUCCUCUUUUACUGAUGUAUUCUCUCUUCAGCCAUCAAACUAAGGCCGACCCAGCCAUCAGGUAAGACACGGGGCAACAUUAUCAAUGUUUGUCCUUUCAGAAAAUGACUAACAUUUACAGUUUCCUAGUUUAACUUUGCAGUUUUUAAAAGUUAUACACUUGAAAAUGAGAUUUACCUUAAACUUAAAAAAAGGAAACACUUUUGAAAAGAAUGUAUUAUAAACAGAAUCUGAACCUGUAGAGACUCAACAUACAGUCAGUGUGGUUUAUAAACAGAUUGGUUUGAAUAUAAUUCAUUGUUUCUCGUAAUUGAGUUGGCCUUUGUUUUUUUUGUCCUCUAGCUUGCUAAACCAGAAAUGGAGCAAACCAGAAAUGCAAGAACUUGCAGAGUUGUUGGCAGGUUGCUCUGCUUUGUCUGAGCUUGAGUAAGUUUAUGGAACGUUUUCUGUUUCGGUUUGGGGGACCUUUUCUUACUGGGUUUUGUUUGUGUACAUGUUUAAAGUAAAUUUGAUGUAUUGAUUUACAGUGUUGUGUUCCCUGUUCUUUGCAGUGAUAUGUGUGUAAAUCUUUUGCGUGUAACUGUGAUUCUAGUCUAUCUGGAGGCCAGUGGGAUCUCGACACUCUAAGGACCCUCAUUAAGUUUUUGCCAAAGUUCAACAUCACCAAAAAGAUCAUGUAAGCCUGUAAACGAAGUGUGAAAUGAGAUUAAAAUCUAUUAUUGAUAUGAUUUCUGAAAACUUGUGCUGUAAAACCAAUUCAUUUUAAAAGUUAGAGGAACAACAAACAUGUGCAGGCCAAGUGUGCGAUGUAUAAAUGUCAGCUUGUUGAUGUUCAAAUGUCUCCUCUCAGUUUGAAUGACAGCUGCUCUUCAGUGGAGGGUUUGGUCGUUCUGACCUCUCUGCUGUCCGAUUGUCCUGCUGUGAUGGAGCUCCAUAUAAGGUAAAUAUCUGUAAUUCAUAAGUUGUACAUAGAGUAGAUGUAAACUUUUAGGGAGACAGGACCACCAUGGCACUGUUUUGCAACCUGUUGGGCAGCAGUAGCUCAGGAGGUAGAGCGGUCGUCCAAUAACUGGAAGGUUGGCGGUUCGAUUCCCCCCUAUCCCAAGUCUGUCCGUUGUGUCCUUGGGCAUGACACUUAACCCACCUUGCCCCCAGUGUGUGUCCUCCACUGGUGUAUGAUUGUGAGUGUUGUGUGGUGGCGGUCGGAGAGGUCGUAGGUGCAAAAUGGCAGCCAUGUUUCCGUCAGUCUGCCCCAGGGCAGCUGUGACUACUAAGGUAGUUUACCACCACCAAAGUGUGACUGUGUGAGCGAAUGAAUGAUGUAUCCAAUGUAAAGCGCUUUUAGGGUCUCUGAUAAAGCGCUACAUGAAAUCUGCAGCAUUAUUAUUAUUUUUGUGUAGAUACAACCACCUACUUCUUGCUUACAAAAACCAAUAAUAAAGCACAAAUAUAAUUUGUUUCUGACCCUUGAUUGAAGUGUAACCACCUUUGAUUUUUUAGACUACAGAGCCCUGCCCAAGUGUCUGUGAUUUUUGCUGGAGGAAGAGAAGAGCAUUCGGAUGAAUCAUCUAAAACCCUUGGGUAUGUCAUAGCCAAGCUUUCAACCGAAGACUUGACCUGGACUACAGAGUUUAUUCAGGCGGAUUAAACCAGAGCCAUAUUGGGAGGAAACAUCUGUUUUCUUUGCAAAGGAAAUAACUCUGAUAACUCUUAUCUGUAUGAAAGGUCUAAGAGGAUGCUGCAAAAGAUUUCCACACAAUAGCCUUGUUAUAAUUUUGUAAAAUAAUAUCUACCUUUUCACCUCCUCUUCAUGAUUUAUCUAGGGCCUUUUCCGUAUUACAAAGUUCAGACACUAUAAAGCAGUUGUAUCUAUUAUUUUACAAAGAUGUGUACGCUCUUUGUAUCAGAACUUGAAAAUCAUAAUAAAACAUUUGUGACCACACAAAAUCCUGAGUUUAAAGAAAUGCCCCCACUUCAACAAGAAUAUGCAAGUUAUUUUGCAUAGGACGCUCAGCCAUCACAGUGAAGCCACAAUAAGCAAACAUACUUACGUACAAAAUUUAGCCUCACUGAGAGUAACCAUGGAAAUGUCUUUCUUGUCAGUCUCAGCUUCUGUGAUCUGCUGCCUGCUGAUCUGGAGAAAGUGUGCAGGAGUUUGAAAGCAUCCUCGGGCCUCACUUCAAUUGAGUAAGAAAAACAAAAAACUACAAUUCAAAAAUGAUCAUUUGUAAACACUUGAUUGGAAUUCACAAAUUUAGUAGUCUGUACCACAUUUUGACUGUAAAGCAUAAUGCUUAGUAUGUUCACUACCAAGCCAAGGAAACACUAACUUAACUUAUUCUUGGGAUUUUUGCUAAUUAGUCUAGGUUUUAUGGGAUAUUUCUUAUCUAUUAAGUCAUGUGCAUUAAUUCACUAACAAACAACUUCUUAACCAAGACUGAAUAUAAGCAUAAAAUGGAUAAGACACCAUAUGACCACUGAAUAUGCUCAUUGAAAUGACUGAAGCUAGGCUUUUGGUACAAUUACAUGUUUUAAUAUUCUAGCACAAAUUUAAGUUAUGGUCAAACACAAACAUCAACUAAAGCCCUGUCAUAGAAGUAUAUUAUUGUAUCUAAGUUCAUAACAUUAUCAAAUAUAAUGCAAUGUUAUUUGUACUGUGCUUGUUUCACUUUGACCUGCAUUCCCAGUGUGCUGUUUUUAUGUGUAUAUUAUAUUUUAGGAGCCAAACAUAUGCUCCUUCCUCUCUUCACUCUAACAUUACUCUAAUCCCACUCUGUACUCUACCAGUCUGUCCAGUAACCGCUUGGACAACAAAGGUCUGAGGAAGCUGUUGGACCUCCUGCCUAGGCUCAAAAGCAUCCAGGAGAUCAAGUAAGACACACUUCCAUAGACAUACACACACACACACACACAGGGCUCUAUUUUUGUGUCCGCCAGUGACGCGGCGGAGGGUGGCGGACUGUGCGCAGCACCGAGGUACGCCGCUGGGAUGAGCUGAGUGAGGGAGAGGACACACACACACACACACACACACACACACACACACACACACACACACACACACACACAGUACCAACAAAACACAAUGAAAAAGAAAAACAUUUAAAACAGGUCUUGUUGUUUGAAUGGCAAACCAUCACAAUAUCAGCCAGCAUGGACUUAUUGUUGUGUUUGACAAUGCAAAUCUAAUCUUGGCAGGAGCUCGGCUUGUGUUUUAAAACCAAACAGGUUCCAAACACCAUAUGUUCAUACUGGCAGCUACCACAAUUACCCAAGGGCAAUGUUUGAUAUAAAUGCCCUACUUAGGAUAUGCUCAAUUUGCAUAUAUGUUCCUCCCCAGGCGUAUCCUUAUCUGUAUGUGUUUUUCAGAGUGAGUCACAAUCGGAUCACCAUGGGAGGAGUGGGGAUGCUGGCUGGUGCUUUAAGCUCCCAUAGCAGCCUUACACAUGUUGACAUGAGGUACUCUUUUGUUUAACUCCAUGGUUGUGUAAAGGUUGUGUUAGAGUAGCAACAGAUGAGGAAAUUAUUUCCUGUUUUACAGUGAUGGAGGCAGAGAGAAGCUGAUCCUGAGGUUCUGCGCUGACAUGAGGUAGAAAGAAUGAACUAAUGAAACACUGAAACAUGUAAAGACGAUGGUCUCCAUUUUUCCCCAGUCAGUCAACUACAUUUGUGCUUCUCCCCAGUGCUGAUAAACAGCAGCUGAAGAUUUUCAGGUACGAUGAAUGGAUGUGUAUGUGUCAUUUCUUGUUUUUGUUUGUAUUUAUUUAGUUAGUUUUGUUGUUUGAUUUAUUUUAUCCAUUUCUACUCUUAUUGUGUAUUCUUAUUUUGGUUCCCCCUUCCUCUCUUCCCUGUUGAUUUGUCUAUCCAUUUCAUUAUUUAUUUACUUAUUUAUUUACUCUCAUUGAACUCAUUUUGCUGUACUGUCUGUCACACAUUUUUAAGGUCAUAUGUCAGAAAAUGCUUUGUAAAAUGUUUAAAUAAAAAGUUCUAAAAAAAAAAAAAUUCAGGUACAGUAGGAGACAAUCAAUCAAUCAAUCAAUCAAUCAAUCAAUCAACUUUAUUUCUAUAGCACAUUUAAAAGAACCACAGGAUAGCCAAAGUGCUGUACAUUGUGACAUAAAAACAAAUAAAACAAGCAAAGAACAAGAUAGAGCGAGCAAAAAUAAGUAAAUAUAUAAGCAGGCUCACGGUAAGUGCUAAAAGCCAAGGAAUAAAAGUGCGUUUUUCAAAAAUGAUUUAAAAACAGGAAACGAGGACUCCUGUCUAAUUCUCAGGGGCAACUCGUUCCAGAGCUUGGGAGCAGCUGCGGCAAACGCUCUGUCCCCUGAGCUUCAGUCUUGUUUUGGGGACCGUCAGUAACAGUUGAUCGGCUGAUCUUAGGGGUCGGGGUGGGCAGUAAGGCUGGAGCAUAUUAGAAAUUUAGAAUGGAGCCAGAUUGUUCAGGCCUUUAAAAACAAAUAUUAAAAGCUUAAAAUGAAUUCUGUACUGAACUGGGAGCCAGUGUAAGGACGUCAGGACAAUGAUAAUUCAUCUUCUCCAUUCAGAGAAAUCCUCCUCCUUUCUGCUUCAGGUUAAACAACAGCAGCCUCCUGCCAGCUGAGGUCACCACACUCUGUAGUCGAUUGGUCCAGUGCCCCGCUUAUCUGGAGUUAGAGUGAGUUAAAAAUCUUUCAUUUUUGCACAUUAAAUCAGAAGACGUUCACUAAACAGAUGGACAUCAAAACAAUUUUGUGUGUCAGUUUUUCUACCAGCUCACUAUCUGAUGAAGUCGUUGAGAACCUGGUGAAGAUCCUGCCGAAGAUGACAACACUACAGAAACUCAAGUAAGACAAGCAAAUGUGCAUGAAUGAGUUAGAGUGGAGGUUUUUUUCUUUUCUAAAUCAAGUGAGCUUCGUUGUUUUGGUUGAAACUCAAGCUAAUAAGCCCAGAUGUGCAAAUUAUGUCUUUAUAUUGAAAAAUAAACCAGAUAAUAAAUAUCAGUUUAAGGAAAAACGUAUAACUGAAAGUUGAUUGUGAUUUGAGUUUUGCAUAAGAACAGUUUCAUAACAUGUGAAGUUUGUACUAACUUGAGUUCACAUCAAACUUACUUUUAGUUUAAACCAGACAUGGCAGUCCAAUUUGAGUUAGUGCAGCCUCUUACCUGGAACUCUAAGAACGCAUGCUUUCAUUCUCCAGGCAGUUUUCCCCUAAAGUACAAAAAAGGAGACAUUCUGGUCACAGUUUGAAUAAAUGCUGCUCUCUUCUUCCUCAGUGUCAGCCAAAGCAUUUCAUCUACAUCUGGAGCAGUGACGCUGGUCAGUUGUUUGACUGUCCAUCGGCAAGUGGAGUCAGUGCAGCUCAGGUAUAGUUUCCCUGCAGUCAGGACAGUGUAUUCUGUUUGUUUCAUGCCUGUUACAACUGUUUGAAAAAAGAAAUGUUCUGUGUAAUAUGCUCAAACAUUAUUUAUUGAUGUCUGUGUGUAAUGGCGUUUUAGUAAAAUUAUUAUUUUUUUCUCAUUCUCAGGCCUCAGUUUGAGUCCUUCAUCCGUUUUGACAGUGUUAAGGCAGAGCAAGCCAGCUGCAGGUUUGUGAUUAAGAAACCCCCGUGUUUGGGUGCUUUGUCUCCUUGUUCAAUUGAAACUAUUGAGUGGGUUUGGCCAUCAUUGUACUUCCUUCAGUAUUUCAGUCUGAGUGACAGUUUCAGUACAUCAGGUUUAGAAAUGAUCAAGAGACUCUGCCCACACUGGAUACUUGUUAUUAUGAAGUGAAAGUACUGUGGUGCACCAACAGGCAUACUUGUUUACUCCUCAACCAGCACAAUAAUAAACAUUAACAAAAGAUGUGACUCUCAGAUUUAUUACCUUAACAGGGAGUGUCUCUGUCUGUGUCUCUGUCUUCUCUCUCUGUACAGGUUCACUGGUUUCUGCCUGAAGGAUGACAACCUCGAGAGACUUCUCAGUGUCUUACAGCAAGGCCCCAAACUGACUAACCUGGAGUAUGUGCCACACAAAGCUCACCUACAAAACAGAAAUAGGCUGCACACUCAAAGUUAUUGAAGAGACAUGAUUAUACCAUAUAACAUGAUAUAUUUGUGUGUGUGUAAGUUACUCAAGUUGUCUUUAUGUUAAGCAUACACUGGCUUAUGAUGUAAAGAAAAGAUUCUCUUCCCUGCCUAAUGAGGUAUGUUUUUAACAUAUGUGCAUGCGUUUACUGAGUUAUCCUUACUUUGUCUUGCAGUCUAUCGAGCAACCAACUGGAGGACAAAGGGUUGAAGCAGGUUUUGGAUUCUCUACCCAAACUUCAAAUCAUCAGCUAUGCUAAGUAAGGCAAAUGUUUUAAUUUGUUAUUACAGCUUCAAGUGAUUUUAAGUAAUAUUCUAUUAUUUGAUUUUAAUUAAAAAAAUGUUCAGAAAAGAUUUCUCCCAUUAUUCCUUUGAGUUUUGUAAGAGAUGCAGUUAAAAGAGUGUUUACUGUAGCUGAUAGAAAACAUUAUUUCUGUGAUGAAGCAAUGUCGUCUACCAUGUUAGUCCAUUUCUGUCAUGAAAGACUGACAUUUCAGUUAGCUUCUGGAAACGACCAGUGUUAUUUGUACAAGUUUUAUGUUAAUGUUUUUCUUAGCACAAAUUUUUCAAACCUGUUUUGAUGUUUACAGGAUAAUAAGGAGUAGAAAAGACGUGAUUUUGUUAACUAGUUACAAAUAAAACAUUUCCUUCUUUAUAAUAUGCAAGAGAGUAAACUAUAAAAAUAUGUAGUACAAAUCGAUGUAUUUGGCCUUGUUGCUUUGAACAAAUUGGAGUUCAACUUUCAUAUAUGACAGUUUUUUCCAGGAAAGGUAUGCCAGAAUUCAAAGAACUCAUACAGGACAAGUGUCAGCAUUUUUAUGCAUCUUUUACUGAAUUUAUUUUGGAUACCAACAUCAUAAGUGAAACUAAAUGUUGUUUAUGGUAUAAUACAGAGUGUUUAAGAGUGGUUUACAGAGUUUAUCAUGUGUAAAGCUCUUAUCUCUUCUUUCCAGUUUCAGCAGCAAUGGCUUGACCCAUCAGGGACUGUUGGAUGUGGUCAGCGCUCUGUGUGUAUGUGGUAGCGUAUCAGGGGUAGAAAUCAGGUAAGUCAGUGCAUUAUGGGUAAGACUAAAAGAUAAAUGUCAAUGUUUAAAAGUGUGCAAAUAAAAUGAUGCAAUGACCCUAUGUUUCUCUCUGUUUCUGUAACCCUACCUGAUGUGUGCUGUUAGCCUGGCAGAGGAGCAGAAGUGUCUCAUCUGGUUUACAGAAGAUGAAGGUUGUGAAAAAACUCUCAGGUAGGAAAAAGUUUGUUUUGUCAGAGUGUUCUUGGGCAUAUUGCAUAGAUUUGAGGAUUGAUUCAAACAUCUUUCUUUUAUCUCUUUUACCUCUAUCUUAUAUCAACUAGCUAUCCUUUUAGCCUUUGUCUUACUUAUAAUCUUUUCUUAUUUUACCUGUAAGGUCCAGCAUGUAUCCUUUUUGAAUAUAUUAAACUUUUUUGUUUCCUUUUUACUUCAGCAUCAGAGAAAGCAGUUUGGAGCGUGACCAUAUGGUCAGAGUAGCAGAGAUGGCAUCUGACUGUCUCAGGCUGACUAAACUGGAGUAAGUACAACUUAAAUGCAUGGACUAUUUCACGUUGCAAACACACAAAACUUCUUCAGAAAAUGUCAAACAAAUUUCAGUAAGAGUUUUCUUACAAAAUAAUUUGAACAGCUAACAGAAAGUACUGCUUCUAGGCUCUAAACAUUACAUAUGAGUAUGCAGCUCAUAGAAAUCAGGGGAGGACGAACAGCUUGAAGACCUGACUGUCUCAGUUUGGUGAGUGUUUGUGUAAAUUUGGAUAAAAAGCACUGAUUAUUUCUGCAUUUGGUUCACAGUUUCAGGAACAAUAACCUGAAGUCUGAUUGUGUUGUGGACUUUGUGAGACUUUUGGAUGGCAGUCAGAGAGGUCUCAGCGUCAGGUAAGAGGGCCUCUCUCACAUGUAAUCUGUGUUCUGUGCACCCAAAGAGAAACCGUUGAAAAAAGCCCCUGACAGACCAGGAUAGUGAAGAUGAAUCUCCUGCCUCAACUCUUGUGUCUGAUAACCACAAAGAAAAUCGUAUCAGAAAUAAAUACCGAAUAGUGUUAAUAAUAUGAAAGAAGAAGGCAACAGUAAUAUUGAUUUUUAAAAAAUAGCGUUUAAUCCCUGAUUUGUGUUGAAUUACUGAACUAUUACACUCUCUUGUCUUCAACAGCAUUGAGGAGUCUUGGAUCAGGUCUGAGGAAGCUGUGAGUUUGUUGUGUCGCUGUCUGGAAACCUGCAGCAACAUACUUACUAUCGGGUUAGAUGUGCACAUAAACACACACACACACACACAUUGUUGGACCUUUUAGUGAAAGGUAGGUAUUACGACAUUGAUGUGUAACAUUUAUCAACAGGGUUCACCACAGCACACUACACUUGUCCUUGAUGAAGGCCGGUGAACUGACUGCGACCAGGUAAAAUGUUUCCUGAUGCUUUCUUGGUUUUUGAAUGAAAGUCCUCUUCCAUAAAAAAAUGUUUCAAAAAUUUGGUUUGAGUGUCAGCGAUGCAAUCUUGAAUGAGGCCGCUUUGACUGGUUCGGUAUAUGCUAACCCUGAUUGGUUGUUUGAUCUGGUCCGGACUACUUCCAUUCAAAAUAACAUUUACAUUUAACAUUGUAAACAACAUGGGAUGAUCAGAAUUUAUCCUUUUAUGGUCACAAUCACACCCUGGUCUGUUUCUUUGGAUAGUCUGAUUUGUUCGGAGUGGUUCUAAAGCUCAUUCAAACUCUGCUUGAAGCUCGAAAACAAGGGUCUUAGUUUCCUACUGGGAAACCACGGUAUAGUUUUUUUUCUGGUUUGAAAAUAAAGCAGACCAACUCAUAAACCAAAGUAAGUCGGUGGCAAGAAGAGCAGUGCAUUGGGGUUUAAUAUUUGUGCAUCAAUACUUUGCCCCAUGUUAUGUUACCAGGGCAACGCUUCAUAGUCUCCUCUUCUCGUCAGGGUCAGCCUUCUUAUUCAGUACUUAUUUGUCUCAUGUGAAACAUUGCAUGCUAGUCAGCUCACUCCCACUCCUCAAACUGAGUCCCACCAAAUUAUCACAUGAUACAACCUAAACCAAAAUUCUCCUUUAAAUAAUAUUGCCCACUGGAGCUUUAAAAAUGUGACCACUGGUUAGGGAAAGUUUCUCUCCACCUUCCUGAUACUGUAGAUGGACACUUUUGAAUUCAAGAUUUUUGUAAUUCAGAUCAUAGACUUGCAGUGCUUUAACUUGCCUUCAGGCCUGUGGUACAUAGAUGUUGAAAAGUUGAAGGGCUGAGGGGAGGCAGGCUUGUAGGUGAGAGUGCAAAUUUCUAGAUCAGCUUCAGAUCAAAAGCCGCUUGAUAAUACAGGAAGAAGGAAAUAUAAGCCCUCAGUGUUCAAGCUCUCUGACACAUGAAGAGGUAGAACGAAAUAGAAGAAAUAGUUAAAAACAAUAAUAGUUUGUUUUUUUUCUUUCAAAUUUCUUCUAUCCUGAGUAUUUUGAGUAGGAGCGCUAUUAAAUGUAUUGAAUUGAAUCUUAAUUAAAGUUCUUUUUCUUUCCUGUGUGACUCUGUAUGUGUUCAAAGAUGAGGAGUUUUUUGAGCUCACAUGGUCCUCAUACAGUCUCACUAAUACAUCCUCCAAAUAGCAGCAUGUACUGAGCCGCAGGCUUCUCACCUCAGACUGGGUUUUAGUUGGUCUUUGCCACAGUCGCUGUCUCUUUCCUCAAGAUAGCAACACACCACCUGUGCGUCUGACCACACCUUAGUUUGAGACCACAUCCGUGGGUGCUAAUGUGGGUGCAAGUUAAUUUGCUGUGCAUUAACGUGGGUACUAGGUGUAAAAAUGAUGACCUCAGCAGGUGGAAAAUAGCAGUGACACUUGCACCACAUGCUAGAGAGCUUUUCACUUGGUGUCAGACAGGGCACUGUGAUUUUUCAAAAGUGCAGUUGUUUUUUUGCACUUUUAUUACAAUAUCACAUGAUUUAAAAGCGCUCUUUGAGUUAUCUUAGACCAACUGUCUGAAAGAGCUUAAAUAGUUGACAUAUUAGACAUAAUUAAGUGUUUCAUGCUGUGAAUAUGCAUAUAAAUAUAAAUGUGUUUGUGUGUUUUUCAGCGAUAACUCCGCUCAUCAUGCUCAGCCCAUCGCCACAUGGAAAAUAAGGUAGGCUGUCUUUUCAAUGGACCAUUCACAGUUUUGAAAAGUUACAGCUUUUAGUGAACCAGGUUAUGUUCACAGCAUCAAUUUGGCCGUGUCUACACUCAGACAAACUCCAAGAUUUUAGUGUUUCCAGUUCAUCUAGUAUUUCCUGUAAUCAGCCAGCAUCUGAACGUUUCUGUUCGUAUCUCUUCUCCACUCUUCUCUCCUUCAGCCUUGUGGAUUGUGCAGUAGAGGGUUACCAGCUUGCACCGUUGAGGAGCAUCAUUUGGAGAUGUCCUUUACUGACGGAGCUGGAGUGAGUACUUUGCGUCUCUCUGUUGUAGUAAUUUAAGUAAACAAAUGAGAGUGUACUAAAGAAGUAUAUGUGCAGAGCUGCAGAAACAAAGUUUACUUUCACUCUUCGCAGUUUUUCUCAGAACCAACUCGGCAUCACUGGAGCUGAGUUUCUCACUUCUGUUCUGCCCUCAUUGCCAAACCUCGUCUCUCUCAGGUCAAAACCUUUUCACAUUUGACUGUGUUAUAUUUUUUCAAGGCUUGUUUUGAGAUUCCUGUUUGUCAAUUAUCCUCUCUUUUCUCCUGCAGUGUUGGUUCCAAAGAGACAAGUGAAGCUGUGGCUGAGAAACUCUCAGAGACGUUACUUGAGGCUGAAGCCAUUUGCUGCUUAAAGUAAGAAACAGAAACACACAUUUCAUUUCAUCACUGAUCUGUAACUCCUGAUUGUUGUUUGGCUCAUUUAUCAUUAUCAGUUUGCUAUAAUGAUUCCUCAUUCCUCAACAUUUCAAAGGUUUUGAUCUUUCUCAAAGUUUCUCACAGAUUUUCAUUUUUAGAUCUAACAAAGUUAAAAACGAGGACGGCACAGUGGUGUAGAGGUUCCUGGGUUCGAAUCUGGGUCAGGGCGUUUCUGUGUGGAGUUUGUGUGUUCUCCCUUCGUCUGCGUGGGUUUACCUCAGGCACUCCAAUCCCCACAUCCCAAAAACAUGCAGGAAUGGGGUUAGGUUGAUUGGUCACUUUCAAAUUGUCCGUAGGCGUGGAUGGUUGUUUGACUCUAAAGGUCCUUACACACCAGCAAAUUUGCAGAGUGAAGCAAAAAAGCGAGACGAAAAUGCGAAAAUAUUCGCCGGUCCGAAAAAUCGCUUUCGCCUAUACACACCGGGAUAAGUGGUAGAAAAUGAAUGGAUGGACAAAGUUAAAAUCAGACCAUUGUUACUCUUUAGCCUCCUAUUUUCUGUCAAGUUUCCAACUAUUUUAUUAAAAAAAAGCCAGUUUUUAGCUUUUUUGAAUUGUGUUGUGCAUUAUGUAACCUUAGCACUGCAUGGCAUAACCUAAACUGUUAAAAGUCUUGCAUUAUUUUGCAACAGUUGUGAACUAUUAAUGGUAAUUUCCUUCCUCUCUCAUCUAGUCUUUCAAGCCAUGUUAUUAGCGACACAGCAGCUCGGACUCUAACCAGAAAAUUGCCCCGUCUUCGAUCUCUUAAGUAAGCAUUUCACUUCUUGCUUGAUAUUUCUGUUGAAGAUUGAAUCUGAUAAAAGGGAAGCUCUCUUUGUUAUCAAAAAUCAAAAAGUAAAUGAAGAAACUGUAAACAAUGACAAUGGCGUUCCUUAUUUUUCGCUGCAGUCUUUCUCACUGUGUAUGGAAAGAGGCCGGGUUGCUGCAGCUCAUCAAAGCGCUGGGAGAGUGUGUCAGUCUAGAAAGCCUUUGGUAGGACACACAUGCAAAUGAAUGCACAUGGUUACAGUCACAUGUUGAUCUCCUUCAUUUCUGAGUUUUUACAUGUUUGCAUGUGUUUGUUUUUCCUUGUGACCCCAAAGUCUGGACUCUCUGCAGCUAAGUGAGGAGAGCAGGGUGUGUCUGGCACAAGCACUGCGGAGUGUCAACUCUAUACGUGUCCUCAAGUAAGAAACUCAAUCUCUGAGGAGAAUUUGGCAUCUGCAGAACUUACAACACUUUAAAUAUGUAGCACACUUGAAAAAAAUACUAAUUUAUAACUAGAACUUGACCUUUCCAGAUGUUUUUUGAGUCUUGGAUCCGGUUGUAGCUCCUCAUGUUCUCAGAGGUGUUUAUUCAAUAUAUGGUGCCAGUUAUUUCGGACAGGCAUCCUUUACACUCACUGCUACAGACAUGCUGAUACUUUAUGUGCGAGUAUCUAUGCACCGCCCCACAAUCUGAUCUAUUUAUGAUGCGGCGCAUUUGCUGACUGCCAAGCUUCCUUUCCAAUGCUCAGAUUGUGACCACUGUCGACAUACCAGCAUGUCAGCGGCUCAGCAUGAAGUGCUUCAUAAAUAAGUAGCAUCUGAUCCCCCCUGUGGGAGAGUGUGAAGCCGUAAAGUGUUGCUCGCUGAUGAGCUGUGAGGUCAGGACUCAGACAGGAAAUGUCAGUGGUGUUUAUACAGCAUAUAAAUUCAUAUCAUAUUUACAUGUUUGAUAUCCUUCCCACAUGGAGAUUAAUUUUAUUUCCUGGCCAAUAUUAAAUCAACAUCAUAGUUGGAGCAACUUCAGCUAUCCCACAAAUGGUGUGGUUGCUUCCCUGACAGUUAAUUUGACCCUUGUGUAUUAUGCUUGUCUGCGUGCCAGGCUUAAUAAGACUGCCACUGUAGAUGGUGGGCUCGACCUCUUUGCUGCUAUGGAAGGACUCACCCAAAUAGAGGAGAUUGAGUGAGUUUUUCAGUCAGUUAUACACAGUAGAAGCCGCACAUCCACAAUGUGAUUUAUUUCUUUCACUUUCUAAUGAAUUAUUUUUAAAGUGUUGUCUCUUGUUGGUUCAGGUUAGAGGGCUUGAGGCUGGCUGACAGAGGAGCAGAGCAGCUGACCAGACUCCUCCCUCUCUGGAAGAAUCUCAGAAAAAUCAGGUGGGCAAUAAAAACAAGAGGAUUUGAUGAUAGACCCUUCAGAAAACUCAUCUCAUGUGUUGCUGCAUAUGUUCCAAGUACUUGAAUUUAGAAUAAUUGCAGUCAGUAAUUCUUUAUUUGUCUAAUACACAAACUGUAUAUGCUGAUCUUGAUCUGUUCUAUCACAGGCCUGCAGUCUGAUUACUUGCCAUGAUUUGCUUUGCUUCUAGAGUUGGAUACUCUUGCAGUGGUUAUUAACUCGAUACCAGUCUUGAUAUUAAAUAUAAAAUAUUGCAUUUUCUGUUUCCAAACAAGUAAAAUGUCCUACUGUCCCUUUUUACUUCUGAAAAUGUCAGAAAUGCAAUUUCGCUGUGUCUGCAGCUCAUAACUCUGCGUGGUAAGGUCACUCACUCAGAACAUACCAGCCGUUCUAUUGAACUGUCAUCACUGGUUUUAUGAGGACCCUGCAGCAGACAGUCCUUCUUCACAAGUCCCACUGACAGCCUCGGAAAGAGUCGGACUCAGGAAUGUGAACUGGCCAAUGCUGUUUCUUUACUACAUGAACUAUAUGUUUUAUGGUUGUUUCACAAACACAUUUAUCGUGUAUUCAUUAUGACUGCAGCAGCUAAACAAGGUAACAUGGUUUUUUGAUGAUGGGGAAUUUGUAAAUGAUUCUGAAACAGGUUGAGUUUAAUACUGACUCCUCUUGUACCCAAAAAUAAAAAGCCAAACCAUCAGCCAGAAGAACGACUCUUUCAAAUAGACUUUAAAGUACCCAUCCCCACUACAGCUGGGUUUAAAAUCAAAUGAAGCAGUUUGCAGACGUUGCAGAUGUUCCCGAGCAACUUAUUUCAAGCAACCGCUGCACAAGCAAGGUAAACUCUUCCCCCAUGUGAGUGGUUUGGAACAAGGGGGGUCAACGGCAUCAUCCGCUUCUUACCGAGAAGAGUAAGAUUGAAAUGUGCUUUUAACGUCAGAGUCUCCAAACUCCUGAAAAUUGUCACUAGAUUUGUCGCAAAUUGCAUUUUUGUAAAAAGUCACAAGGGGGGUCUGAAGUGACAAAGUCGCUAAGUUGGCAACACUGCAGAAAAUGCUCAAAAUUGAACGAGGCAAGGCCAAGGUAUUCACAGAGCACAAAUCAUCCACAGAGCAAAUUUAGUGUUUCUCCCAAACAAAAGAAGAUGAUGUAAAAAAGAAAAAAGUUAAACAAGUAAAGGAGUAGAAUAAAACAUAUACUGCAAAAAUGGCAUCGUGCAAAAAAAGUGAAUGAAGUCAUUUUAAAAUCAGCGCAUCAUGAGAUUCAGUAUUAUAAAUAUUUGUGCAAACGAAAGCAAAUAAAAAAAGUUAAAAAUAUUUCUCUUUUUGACUUGAUUUGAAAAUGUUCAUGUUUGGAGCACAUUUAACCUCUGAGGAGAGUUUGUUACACACACAUGUGCAGUGUACUACUGACUAAACACAGCUAUUUAACAUCAGGCACUGUGCAAACCACACUGCACAUCACUGCUUUGACUGUUAUCUAAAACCGUUCAUCACGCUUUUCAGUGAGAAAAUCGCUGACUAUUCUAGUUGCUGCUAAAGUGCGCGGCACUUUGCAACAUGCAUUAUGACCGUGUCACAUUCUCCCACAAAGGGCUGGCAGGAAAUCAAAAAUGACACACGAACCUGCUACCCUGUUAACAGUUGGCUCAAAGCCAGCACCUCUAUGCUUGUUCUUGUUACAAGGAAGGUUUGACAUGUGAGGUGUCUCUGCUGAUGCCUCUGUGUUAUGAGGUAAUUCAUCAAGGAUAUGAUGAUGGCUAAAUGAAAACAGAGUCUUUCCAUUUUCAACUCCUCUGUAACGACAACAACCCCAGACCCUCGUGGCUGAAAGUUCUCAGUCAACAGAGCCACUUCAUUUAAGAAUAUUUAGGCAACUCACAUAAGUUCAGGAAGCACUGAAUUCUCAUUCCAGCUUCUUUACUCUCAUCCUCACGUCCUCAUUUUUGUUUCCAACAUAUUUCUUAUUGUGUUUAUGUGUCUUUGUUUCAGUCUAUCAAAGAAUCAAAUCAGUGACCCGUCAGGAGACAAGCUGCUGGAGGCUUUGAGCUGCUGUAUUCAUCUGGAAGAGCUUUGGUUAGUAGUGAAUGAAUGAAUGGUUUUAUUUUGGUCACAAUAACAACAAAUGAGAAACAAACAGAAUUAUAAACUUGAACAAAAAAAGGAUUAGGUGGAAGCACAAUGCUUAUAGUUGCCUAUCCUUUACAAUCCUUAAAACAUCAUUUUAAUAUUUAAAACACUUGAUAAUGUUGGAAUAAGAUAAAAAAAGAAAAACACUUUAAUAUCAAAAAGAAAACAUUAAAAUAAUAUGUUGCACUACGAAAAGAAAAACAAAACACAAAGAAUGAAAGUGUUUUACUCAAAGCUGUACUCCUGAAUUAUUUUGCUUUUUAACGCUUUUUUAAAUAUUACCUGUGAGUUACAUCACAGACUUUGUAUUAUAGUAGGAUACAUCUGACUUGUAAAAGAAAUUAUUCACAAAGAAAUUAGUUUUAAGUUUCACUUUUUCAAGGUGAGACUUCAGUCAAACUAACCUUUCUGUUCAGAAUUGGCUUAUGGUUUUCUUAUCUUGUUUUUUGAGUAUUAUUGUAUAGUUUAUGUUGUUGUGGUUUGAUUAAUAUAUAAAUAGAAGAUGCCUUCUGUAUAUUUAUAUCAAAAAGAAUGAAAACAUUUAACUAAUCUGUCGUUCAGUCUGUCUGGUAACGACCUUGGUGACCUGACUGCUGCCAGGAUGGCCCUCGUUUUACCAUCACUGACAGACAUCACAGUGUUAGAGUAAGUCUCACCUUUAUUCACAUUCCUGUAUGACAUUUAUUACACAUGUCACACUUGUCUGGAGGUUAACGCUCUUUAUAGUCUUUCAGAAAACCACAUCAAAUAUGAAGGGUCCGUGAGUCUGUCUAAAGCAAUAAUGUGCCUGAAGAACCUCACCAAGCUGAAGUGAGACUUUUAUCUCCUCUUACACUGUGGGCCAUCACAACUCUAAACAUAAACAUAUAAUUGUUUCAUAUCUAUAAUUUUUCUGUCAUGUCAGUCUGACCUCCGCUGGGACUCAAGAGCUUUGUGCUGUAGCCGCCAGUCUGGCCCACUGUCCACUUCUACAGGAUGUUCGGUAAGAUGUAAAAUCAUCGCGGGAUAUAUGCUCUGUCACUAAAGAUUAAAAAAUAUAUAUUAUUAACACAUAGGUAAAAACUGUAAAUCUCUCUCUCGCUCUCUCUCUCUUCUCUGUCUGUCUCUGUGACUCUAGAUUUGGGUGGAAUCACUGUGAAGAUAAAGUGGCAGAGGAGCUGGCCAGUGUCAUGCCUCUGUGUCAGAAGCUCACCAUUAUAGAGUAAGUUUGUCAACGUGGAUGGAGAUGUCUGAGGUGGUUUUGGGACCGGUGAUUAUGAGAUCUGAUUUGAAAUAUUUGGGUUCAUUUGAUAUGGACUUUAUAGGAGUUUAAAGUUAUGAUUAUUCUCAAAUGAAAUGAUGAAAGAGAAGGAGCUCAUAGAUAUUUUUUUGUUUUUGAAAUAAACAGUGUAGUGAGUACAGUGGAUACAAUUUAUUAUUGAGCUGAAUGGCCAGUGAAAGAAAAUCAAAAUACGAGCAAAAUAUGCUCAGAAAAAUAACUGCUUUUCCUUUAAUUUUUUUUUUCAGUUCACUGUAUUUUUUUUUUUACAAAGUGGGUCUCUGAUGGAUUGACUUUAUAAUCAAAAAGAAAAAAAAUCAGUCUUUAGUCUUCGAAGGUCUGAUUUUGAUAUUAACUCUUAGUAACAGCUGAAGACCUCUCGAAAAACCGAGCCACUGAGAAAGAGAAAAUAAUUCUCUAUGCACUUCAAACAUGACACUGCAUUUAGUUUAUGUGGUAAUCAGUAAUUCCCUUUUUUAGCUUUUUUUUCAUUUCCCCUUUGGAUUGUGCCCUGUAAACACAUUCAGACACAUGAUGAUUUAAAGUCUGCUUUUUCCCCUCAGUCUUGAAUCCAACAGUCUGAGUGUUUCUGGAGCGGAGGCCCUUGUUGGAGCUUUAGAGUUGUGUCCUGCUCUGAAGCUCAUCAGGUAAAUUUCUUCAUUGUUCUUGAAGCCACCUGCUUACUUUCUCAUCAUCUACAUAGCCCUCCGAGAGCACUUUGUUACCUCCACCAAGGAGGUUAUGUUUUUGGUAGCGUUGGUUUGUUUGUUUGUUUGUUUGUCUGUUAUCAACUUUACGGAGAAACAUGAGCGGGGGACAUGAGCUGUUUGGCAGAGGUCUGCGCUCUUCGAGUGCUUUUCUAGUUCUGUACAUAAAAUGCUUUUAUCCAUUGUUUUUCUUUGUAGACAGAAACAUAUGGUAUAUUUUAUUGUUAAUACCUGUUUAUUUUUUUUAAAACAGCGAUAUUCUAUCUGUAAUUUUGGUUUUGGGCAUUUGAAAGAAAAAAAAUCUGCUUUUGUACUCUCCAGGCUGUGGAGAAACAAAAUCUCCUCCAGCGACGCGCAGAGGCUCAGUCUGAGGGACAGGAGGCUGAAUUUUUCAUCCACAUGAUGUGAUCUAUACAGGAUUCCACUCACUGAGGAACUCCAGGUGAACAACUUCGAACAGUACAGUCAGGCCUCAGCUAAAAACUAAGACAGAAUUAGUUUUCCCUGUAUGGUUUAAACACCAGAAAAGCUUCAUAAAAAUAUUACAAAAAGACUUGCUCUCAUAGAGCGUAGUAACUUGUAAAAAGUAGUGUAUUUGAUGACUGCUGCCAAAGUUAUGUCUGCAUUUCAUAUGAUAUCAUACUUUGGAGUACUUCUGAUGUUUUAUAAAGUUUAUUUAUACAAUCCACACACCUAGUUGACCUUUAGUUUAACCACUGGCAUGAUCAGCUCCUGCGUGGCAGUGUUUUACCCUCUGAAGUUGACAUACUAUUUGUCGGUGGUUUACACGUGUGUACGGGGAUCCGGAUGUGUAUGUAUAUAUGUUGUGAAUAUUACACCAGGGUGUUGAUCUCGAUCUGGUGACAGAAACCUGGCAGACACUUUGUAUGUCUCAUACCUGUCGGGUGACUGGAUAGGAGUCAGAGGAGUCCUUCUGAUACCAAAAGUUAAUUUACAGCUACAUGAUUUGAUAUCAUAUUGCAUAAUAAGUUGUCUUAAUGGAAGCUGUAGAUAAAUAAAGUGAGGUGUCAAGUGUCUGUUUUGUCAAGAUGGUAGAUAAAUGAUUACAUAAACUAUCACUCAUCCUGUCUCACAGACUCUGCUUCCACUAUCCUGUUUGAGCCGUCGCUCUACACUUUGCUCCUACUCACCCUGCCAACACAAGCUGCUGCUAACCCACAGGCCGGGAUGUGAAGGACUCCAAGCAGCGCUUCCAUGAAAAGUCACUUGUUUUAUUUAUGACUUUACUCAUGACUCUCCUUCACUGAGUCACUUUGCACUAUGAUGUGUUUACAGUAACAAGAGGCCACAUGAAUGUAAAACACACCACGUCACAUACACAAAGUACAAGAUAACUUGAGG